AUGGAAUCACUGUCAAGCCUCGUUGCCUUGGAGGAAACUAAAGCAUCUUCAACCCAUGCAGCGCCUUGGACGGCUGAAUCCACGUUUAGUGACGCUGCUGUUACGCAUGAGGCUUCUCCUCCCUCGUUGGAUACUGGCAAACGCAAUGAACGGCAUGAAACAAGCUUCACUGCUAGGAGCGCCUGCCUACAGGGCAUACCUUGCGACGACCAUGGAGCCCAGAUGAAGCCAAAUAUAUAUGGUGCUGCUUGCGGUGAACACACGCAGCCUGCCCCAGAAGUGGUGGGCCACGAUGUAGCGCUUCCAGCAGUCGGCCCACAGGGAGGAAGCCUGGGGAUUGAAGUGUCAACUGAAUACGUCAUGGCACUGCAGGGUGCGGGUCAAUUUAAUGUGUGGGAGCCGGUCCUCCGCAAAGUGCUUCCAUCUCAGGAGCACUCCCUCUUGCUGGGCCAGAUCUGCUUCGAUGUGACAGAUGGGGACCAGCGGGGCUCUUGGUUGCUACCGGAAGAGCUACUGGCUGAGUGGAUCGCAUCGGCUGGUGAGGAUCACGAGGACAGACAAAUCUUCACUAACACGCCGGUCAGUGAGGAAGAACAGGACGCCAUAGAACAGGUCCUCUUGCAGCUUCUGGAAUCACAGGAAGAGGAUGUCGAGAACACAGCAAGUCGAGAUCCCAGCACGAUUUUGGGGGUACAACCAGUCUGGUUGGAACAACUCGUGCUGAGAUACCUGUACAGCUGUUCUUUUGAUACUCAAAAGACCUUCGACCUUCUACAAUCAACACUGUCUUUCCGGAGACAGCAGCUUCCCGUGCUUGAGUCUGAAGUGUACUAUGAGCUGCGGAGCUUGGGCGCAUGUUAUUGGCAUGGAAGGGACAGGAAGUUGCGGCCGCUUCUUGUAGUCUCACUGCAAAGAUUGCAACAGCUGCAGAGGGACGGUGGGGUGGAAGAGAAGGUUACUCGCCUUAUCAUCUUUUGUCUAGAAUUCUUCCUAAGGUACUUGUGCGUCGCGGGAAAGGUCGAAAGUUGGUGCAUCCUGUGUGACCUGAGUGGCGGAGGCAUGGACGACAGCGCGGUGCUUCCGCCUGCGAUGGGUGCCCGCCCCCACCGCGUUGGAGGCGCAUGUGAUGCGUUUUGUGCACAGAAUUGGUACCCUUUCCGCUUUUACCCGGGGCCGUUUGAUCCGGAAGUGGAAAGUAGCCCAAGCGCUGUUGAAAGAGGAGUUGUUCGUUGGGACAGCGAGCCGGCGUUGCACACCAGGGUCCACCCCGUCGUUCACUGUGGAGUAUCUCUCCACACGUCCAUUUUGCGAUCCCGCAGCCCAGACCGAAGUAUUUCACUUUUCCGAUAUGCAGCGUGGCUCCGUCAUCUUCCUGAACUGCAGUUAGCUCCAACAACAGUUGUAUGGGCAAAGCGUAUGGUUUGCCAUCACCUGGUGGCGCAUCAUAAGUGUUUAAUUCGCCAUCUGAAAGGGAACUCGUUGGAAACAGCAGUGGAUCAAGAUGGGCGAGUUUGCAACGAGUCGGCCACCGAAGAACCCGGGACUUUGUCUGCGGUUUCAGAUACAAAGACAUGUUUGGUCACAGUGGAUGCCAGCUCACAGAGCUCAAUUGAGCAGUUGUCACCUUCUUCUGCGAUGAGAAAGACACCUGGAAAAAUGUCUAGAGCAUGUACUGGGCAGCGUUAUCCUUCGCAGAGACUUCUAGGUGGUGAGAUAUCUUCGACGGCUUCUUCGCCACCUGACUGCCUGCUUGCGCUGCUGCCAGAGAGUAUAGCAGCCCACUGCAGUGAGUCACAUAGCUUUGUAAUGGAGCAUUCACUCGCGGGCUACACAGAAGUAUUACCAGCCGGCAGCUUCAAAGUUAUGGAAUCUACAGCAAGGCAGGCAAUGUCCAUGUUCGCUUCCACCAGCUCAAAGGCAUGCAUAACAGUGAUACGACUUCACAAGGCACGCUUUUGUCUCAUUACUGAAUCUCUUUCAGCGGCAGCGCUUGUUGCUGGGUCGUUUAGCGUCUCUUCUCAGCGGCGCGCCCCUUUAGAGGAGCAGCUUUGUUCGGUGUGGCAGUAUUCUUCUUCGCAUGCCCGCUCGAUAUCGAUGCACACUACUACUGCUACGUCCGAGAGCGCUGCGAAGCCUCGCGACGAAGCGCAAAUGGCUCGUGAAACCAGUGCGAUCUCCCGAGUGGUGAACGUGAAGUUACAGGCUCUGUCUAACGGGAUCAUAUUUUCGAAGCAGAAGUGUAUGGCACUGCUCGAAGAAGGGCAGGCGGCGCAAGGCUUGAGCUCGCUAAAGGUUACGCGCUUAUUUAAAACGCAGGGGAAAAACGAGGAAAGUCUGGGGGCUGCAUUGUUUGAGUUGAACAAAUUUUAUGGAAGUUGUCACGAGCCGAACGCGCUGGCUAUAGGAUGUCAACCCUCCGUGCAGCUAUCAUCAGAUGCUGAGAAGGAGAAUAUAGGCUUUCGACGUGCGGAUAAUUCAGUCGAGAAAGCGCAUUGCCGAGACAGAUUACUGUCACCGCGGCAUCUCAGCGAAGGUAGCAGCUUCCUUAGUGCGGCGGGGAAGUGCGGUAGGACCAUCGCGCGGACAUGCUUGACAAUGCGAGGAAGCAGGCGAAACAUGCCGGAUGUUUCGUUAGGAGGAUCCAGGGCACCAAAUUUGCGCGGAAUUAGCGAGGCAGGAACAAUGGAAACGCCAUCACGCCUCUACUUGGAGAAAACAUACCAUCGUAUCGAAGCAGAGGUGUAUCCUUGCAUUCAAGGCAUCAAGAAAGGAUAG